AUGUCCUCCCCAAAGAACGUGUCCGAAAAACUGCUUGAUAUCAUUAUCAAGGAUGCAGAGAAAUACGUGGGCACUGCUGGAAGAAGGGCGAUCGCCAACGCGGAAGAAGCGCUCUCAUCGAUUCUUCUGGGAUUACAAAGGGAUGGCAAACUAUCCGCUUUCUCUGUGAGCAAGAUGGGUCCGAUCCCGAAAAGAGGAGCCACAUCUCCUGUCCAAAUCCCAUCGGCGCCGCCGAACAAAAAGGCAAAGUCAGCUACCGGAAAAGAGAAUCCGAAGCAACCGAUGAAACCGAAACAAGAAGAGAAAAAUUUCGGUUCGUGGAAUACUUGGAAAGGACUCGAUCUGGUGGUGACGCCAUCGCGAAAACCCGUGGUGGAUCCGUCGGAUAAACGAGUAAUUCAAGUGCCGGUCAAGUUGGUGAAAGAUAAAAAGAAUGAACAAGUCCAGAAAUUGCUCGGACGCACGAAGACGAUUAUAUGGGUAGCCACUAAGCAGUUGAGUCAUGCGAAGGAAGCAGUCUCCCUAGUAUCCAACACCAACGCCAAAAAAGUCGUUAUACUGGAACCGGACACCACUGAAGAUGUGGAAAAAGUCUUCGCCGACGGCGAAUUCAAAGUGGGAAAAUCAGAGAAGGCCACUGAAAUCGCAAUAUCGGAGAUCCGAGCGGAAUUCGCAAAAGAAGCCAAGGAGGCCAGCGGAAAAAGCAAGAUUAGUGACAACCAAACCCCGGAAAUUAAGUAA